CCUUUCUGAACCUUCUUCCUUUCUUCCAAAACUCUGUACUAUUUAUUACUCAUUUUCAACAACGUCAACGAAUAUUACUGCCUCUACUGUUUUCUAAGUUCCUGCAAACCCAAAUUGAUAUUUUGUCUUCACUACAGUUUCCAUUCCUUUUGCUUUAGUCUUUGGCUUCUGAAAAAGAAACCCAGAAAAGAGAAAUAUGAAGGGGUUGUCGCUAUGGUGCUGUAUUGUGGUUUUGUUAGUAAUGGAGGGAGGAAGAGUAAUGGGAGCAGGCGAGAGUUCAGGGGAGAGGAAGCUUGAUCAGACACCUACAUGGGCUGUGGCUGGUGUUUGUGCUGUUAUCAUCAUCAUCUCCAUUACAUUGGAGAAGGUUCUUCACAAACUUGGAACGUGGUUCACAGAAAGACACAAGAGAGCUUUGUUUGAAGCCUUGGACAAGGUUAAAGCUGAGUUGAUGGUUCUGGGUUUCAUUUCACUGCUCCUCACUUUUAGCCAGAGCUAUAUUGCCAGAAUCUGUAUCCCUACAGAUGUUGCAAAUACCAUGCUGCCUUGUAAAGCUGAUGUUAAGGAGGAGCACGCCCCUAAAGACAGUGAAGAAGAACACCGCCGCCGACUCUUAUGGUUUGACCGACGAAUUUUGGCUACGAUUUCAUCUGCUCCUAAAUGCAAGGAGGGGCAUGAACCGCUUAUAUCGGUUGAAGGGUUGCAUGAGUUACACAUCCUCAUAUUCUUCCUAGCUGUUUUCCAUGUUUUAUAUAGUUUUGUUACUAUGAUGCUUGGGAGACUAAAGAUUCGUGGCUGGAAGAAGUGGGAACAGGAGACCUUAUCUCAUGACUAUGAGUUUACAAACGAUCCCUCCCGGUUCAGGCUUACUCACGAGACGUCUUUUGUGAAAGCUCACACCAGCUUUUGGACUAGGAUUCAUUUCUUCUUUUACAUUGGAUGCUUCUUUCGACAAUUUUUCAAGUCCGUAGGGAGGGUUGAUUAUUUGACAUUGCGAAAUGGAUUUAUCAAUGUUCAUUUAGCACCCGGAAGUAAGUUUAACUUCCAAAAAUAUAUCAAAAGAUCAUUAGAGGACGACUUCAAGAUCGUUGUAGGAGUAAGUCCGGUGCUCUGGGCAUCAUUUGUGGUCUUCCUGCUGCUAAAUGUCGAAGGGUGGGAAGCAAUCUUUUGGGCAUCCCUAAUUCCUGUGAUUAUCAUCUUAGCUGUUGGGACAGAACUUCAAGCCAUUUUGACAAAGAUGGCUCUCGAGAUCACCGAAAGGCAUGCUGUUGUUCAGGGAAUGCCACUUGUACAAGCCUCAGACAAAUACUUUUGGUUCGGUCGACCCCAAUUAGUUCUGCAUCUGAUUCAUUUUGUAUUGUUUCAGAAUGCGUUCCAGAUAACUUAUUUCCUGUGGAUAUUGUAUUCCUUUGGGAAGAAUUCCUGCUUUCAUGAUAAGUUCGGGCUUGUCAUAGUAAAACUUUCUUUGGGGGUCGGAGUUCUACUUUUGUGCAGCUACAUCACCCUUCCGCUGUACGCCCUUGUAACUCAGAUGGGUUCCCACAUGAAGAGGUCCAUCUUUGAUGAGCAAACGUCCAAGGCCCUUAAGAAUUGGCAUAUGGCUGCUAAAAAGAGACGAGGGAAUGCAACAAAGUCCCCUACUAGAGCCCUGGGUGGAAGUGCAAGCCCGAGUCCAACACUCCAUUCCCCCGGACACUCGCUUCGUCGGUUCAAAACUACCGGUCAUUCAGCGCGUCCUUCGAAUCUCUUUGAAGAUCAUGACUUGUCCGAUCUCGAGGCCGAGCCAUUGACACCCGCAUUGAACGACAAUUUGACAAUAAGAGUGGACCCCGAUGGGCCAGCAACCGAAAUGAGCGAAAUCUACCAUGUAGAAGCAAGAAAUGUAGACAACUUCUCCUUCACGAACUCCUCCCCGGCAAAGGAAACAUGAAAGAUUGUUGGGUAGGAUAGGAGGCUGGGCAAGUCGGAUUCGGUUUGCUUGGAAAUUGUACAAUAAGGGGCACUGGCGGAUC